GACCCACCGUUACACAACAGACAGGCUCUUCUGCUUUGUGCUAUGGUUGUUAAAGACAGCGCACACUUCCUUCCAACAUACGGGACACACAUUUGGAGCUGAGGGUCUGAGCAGGAGAUCAUGAGAGCUGCGGUGGGUGCCAUUCUUCUGUUGCUGACUCUGUGUCAGGGAGAGGCGCUGCGAUGCAACUUUUGUUUCUCAGACGACAGUGUCCUCUGCACUCCUACAAGCAUCCAGACCUGCUCGGGACGGGCUAACGCCUGUGGUGCCGUGAUAUUCCAAGGCGCUCUGAGGUCUUCGUUCCGUCAGUGCAUGAACAUGGCGGUGUGUCAGGGCUACGUCACAACACCUGGUGUGAUCGCCCGAUGCUGCAGCACCGACCUUUGCAACUGAUCCUCUUCCUUUAAGUCCACAACCACAUGAUCGCUGAUUCCUGAAUCAAGACUGGAGGUUGUUAGCUUCACAUCCUUCUUACACUGCUUCCAAUCAAGGGCACUUCUGUUUGCUUUCUCUGUGAUGGUAUUUGGUGUCUUCUGUCAGGUCCAAAAUAAACCAGUGAGCUUUGACUCUGAAUGACACUAGAUGGCAGUGGUACACUAUAAACACCGCGAGCAGCCACUCAUCAGUCUGGAAAUCUGAUAUAGGGACAACCACAUUUAAUAAAGAGGAAAAAACAAAAAGCCCACACUCGCUCUUUCUUGUUACAUAAACUGAAUCACAUAGAAUGACAUAUUUGAAGCCUGUAUCUCUAUACACUGAUCUCAAUUAGUACCUAUUGAACAGGAAAUAAUCCAGCCAUUCCCAAUCACAGUGCAGUGGAUUCUCCUUUGGGAAUAGUUCCUCCCUUCUGAGACUGUAAAAUAAAUCUGUACGAGCUUUGUGCA